GGACAUGCGCUGGCGCUCCACUUCCUGAUUGAAGAUGGCGGACGAGAAUGAGACAGCACCGUUGCCGGGGAAAGAAGACGUAGAAGACCACGGACACUGCAGCGACUGUGAAAACGAAGAGCACCACCUGGGCGAUGGUGACAGUGGUGCCAAGAAGAAGAAAAAGAAGCAGAAGAAGAAGAAGAAAAGCAGUGUCACAGAAGUCUCUGAAGAUCCUAUUGCAAAGGUGAAUUCGCUGCCCGCUGACAAGCUGCAGGAGAUCCAAACAGCCAUCGAGCUCCUGUCCGUGUGCCAAGGUCCCGCCAAGACCAUGGAGGAGGCCACCCGGAGGAGUUACCAGUUCUGGGACACGCAGCCGGUGCCAAAGCUGGGCGAGACGGUGACAUCGCACGGCUCCAUUGAACCCGACAAGGACAACAUUCGCGUGGAGCCCUACAGCCUCCCGCAGGGUUUCAGCUGGGACACCCUCGACUUGGGCAAUGCCGCUGUGCUCAAGGAGCUCUACACCCUCCUCAAUGAGAACUACGUUGAAGAUGAUGACAACAUGUUCCGCUUUGACUACUCACCUGACUUCCUUCUCUGGGCACUGCGGCCCCCUGGCUGGCUGCCUCAAUGGCAUUGUGGGGUGAGGGUGAACUCCAACCAGAAGCUUGUGGGCUUCAUCAGUGCCAUCCCCGCCAAUAUCCGCAUCUAUGACAUAGAGAAAAAAAUGGUAGAGAUCAACUUCCUGUGCGUUCACAAGAAGCUUCGAGCUAAGCGAGUCGCUCCGGUACUGAUUCGAGAGAUCACGAGACGGGUCAAUCUGCAGGGGAUCUUCCAGGCGGUCUAUACGGCCGGAGUGGUUCUGCCUAAACCUGUGGGCACGUGCAGGUACUGGCAUCGCUCUCUGAACCCACGCAAACUGAUCGAGGUGAAGUUUUCCCACCUGAGCAGGAACAUGACGAUGCAGCGCACCAUGAAGUUGUACCGUCUACCUGAUGCCCCAAAGACUUCGGGUCUGCGACCAAUGACCAAGAAGGAUGUGCCCGCCGUGCACCGCCUCCUCCGCGAGUAUCUGAACCACUUCAACUUGGUGCCCGCCAUGACUCAGGAGGAGGUGGCCCACUGGCUGCUGCCCCAGGAGAACAUCAUCGACACCUACCUGGUGGAGAAUGAUGGAAAAGUGACGGACAUGCUGAGUUUCUACACGCUGCCCUCCACCAUCAUGAACCACCCUGUGCACCGCAGUCUAAAAGCCGCCUACUCCUUCUACAACGUGCACACCACCACCACGCUGCUGGACUUGAUGUCAGACGCCCUCAUCCUGGCCAAAUCAAAAGGCUUUGAUGUCUUCAAUGCACUGGACCUGAUGGAAAACAAGACUUUCCUGGAGAAGCUGAAGUUCGGCAUCGGCGAUGGCAAUCUACAGUAUUACCUUUACAAUUGGAAGUGUCCCAGCAUGGGCUCAGAAAAGGUCGGACUGGUCUUGCAGUGACGACCCAAUGAGGACGGAGCAUUAGCGACAGAUCACGCGGCCGCACCAUCGCACCCGCCACCUGACUGAUAGAGUGAAGAGCUCCGGGAGAAGCUUACCGCCCAUUUUUACUUCUUUUUUGUUUUCUUUUUAUCUUUUGAACUUUAACCUGCACUAUCGCUGCCAGGCAGGGAGCUCUGGGGGAAGGGGGUUGGGGGGUGUCAGCUGUCCUCCCUUCUUCACACGGACCUUAAAGCCAUCGUGGUUACAUCAACACAAACACGCGUACUUUCCCCCUGUGAGCUAUCCUGAUUGUACCAAAACACACAAGAGCAGUUUGCAAGUGUGACUGCAUGCCAAACUCUCACUGUCAGCAACCGGCAAAACAUGGGAAAAAAAGCAUGUAAAUAACUCAACUUGACUGCAAACUUCUACCCUAACACACGAGAGACCUGCUGUUUUUACUUUGGAGUGCUAUUUGCAAUUGAGGUUCAUUUUUGUCAUGAAGUUUUAGAGAUGAAAAAUAGCAGAAGACGAUAAGAUAAACCUUUAUUCGUGUGACCACUGAGCAGGAAACUCGCAGAUAAGGGCUUUUCUCAUUCUAUCAUUAGGUCUUUUUUUUUAUUUUUUAUUUUCCCAUCAAAGCGUUUGUUCUAACACUGCUUGGAGAGACUGGAUAGUCAGCAGAACCACGGCGGGUCCAGCUCAGAGGUUCUCUGACGCAGGGAUCUGAUAUACUGUAUCGUGAUAUGAUUGCAACGUCGUCGCUGGCUUAGACCUUUGGUACCAAUAAAUCUGCUGGACAAAAUGUC